UGACUUUAUAACGACUUGAAUUCACACCAUAGAUAUUAUAUACUGCUGGUCAAAUCACAUGAAAACAAGACAAGAGGAAUCAUUACCGGUUCAAAUAAAUAUAAGAAUUAGUCAUCUUGAUGUGCAUUAGUCAAAGUUCUAGAUGUCUUUCUCCUCUUAUUUUUCCAGGAAUUUUCUGACAAAAGCAAAAGAAAGUAUUUAGUUGGUGCUGUAAAUCGUUCAAUUAGGUGUAUGUUCAGUUGGAUUUAAGCUCUCGUGUCGUAUUUUUUCAUCAUCAAGUGGGUUCUUUAGAUUGCAGAUUAUUUGCAGGACAAUGAGUUCUUCAACCGGACUGAAAAAGAUGAUCAAGAUUGAUGUGGUUUCGGAUCUCAUCUGUCCAUGGUGCUUUGUUGGGAAGAAAAGGUUGGAGAAAGCAAUGGAGGAGACCAAGCAUCUCUACAUUUUUGAGGUGAAGUGGCAUCCUUACAUGUUAAAUCCCAGUCUUCCCAAGGAAGGAAAAGACAAAAAUCAAUUAUACAGAGAGAGUUUUGGCGUGCGUUAUGAAGCUAUUGUAGAGACCAUAAACCAGGCUUUCCAAACUGUAGGUUACCGCUUCGGUACUGGUGGUCUGAUAGGGAGUACACAGGAUGGUCACAGAUUGAUUGAACUAGCAGGUCGUCAAGGCCUUGAUAAGCAGAAUAUACUCGUGGAAACCCUUAUGAUUAAAGCACUGACACAAGACGAGUGUGUUAGUCACAGACAAGUGCUUUUGAGUGCUGCAGAGAGCGCUGGUAUUGAGGGUGCUAAAGAAUGGAUUGAUGAUCCCAAUGCUGGUUUGAAAGAGAUACAGACCAAGAUGGCAACAUAUGCUCACAAUAUAUCUGGUGUGCCGAACUACAAGAUCAAUGGAAAGUAUGAUUUGUCAGGUGCCCAAGAUCCACAAACUUUUAUACAGAUUUUUAAGAAAGCAUCUCAAAAUGUUUAAAAUCAGAGUUUGAAGUUGAACUGUGAAGAGAUAUUCACUUUUAAUUAGAUAAAGAUAUUCUAUUGAAUAUUAAUAAACUCCAUUUGGGUGGCCGGGUUUCCAUCAGGUCAAUGUAAUUGCUAUGAUCAAUAGGUCUUUGUGAGAAGCAGGGGCAUUCUUAAGGCAUAAACCUGAAAAAGUUGAAUAAAAGUUUCAUUUGCAAUCAA